AUGGCUCGCCGCCGACGCAAGGGCAAGCUGGAGCUGGCGGGAGGGUGGUGGCAGGCCGCGGCAGUGGUCUGCGAGUGUCCGCUCCGCUGCCUUCCUCGGCGACGGGUGGUGGAAGUGAUGGUGCUGGGAGGUGAGCAAAAUGUCUGGGCGAUCCGCCUGCGUCUCCGUUACGUCGCCGAGCCCUUGUUUCCGGGCCUGCUGGGGGGAAGUGAUGCGGCUGUGGUGUGUGAGGCUCUUGCACCUGCAAUCGCCGUCGUUAGCAGAGUCUGCUCGCCCUUUGCAAGGGACAGCGGCGAGAAACAGACGAAGUGGAUAGUUGGCAGAGGUGUCUGUCACGCCAGCAACGUCGUAGCGUGUGGUGCUGCGGCGGCGCCAAACCGCCAAAACUCAGCCCCAGACUGCCACUACCUCGCAGCGACAGGGAUUGGGCGCAGGGCCGCUGGCGAUUGGUGCGAGUCUUCCAUCUUCACGCCGCGACGCCGUUGUCAUCCGCGCCAGACAGUGCACUCGUACUUUCGCUCGCCCACUCGUCGUCGGCCUCGUGCCACCACCACACCCUCACCGCUGCCGCCGCCCACCGCCGCUGCCACCCGCUCCUCCAACCGCGACGGCGAGGUGCAGGCCGGCCGCUCGACACGUUCGCGUUUCGGACAUGGCACAGCCUGCUGCUGGGGACUGCACCACCAACAAAUGCUGAUCCGUCUGCCCAUUGGCCAGCCGCCGUCCGUGGCUGCAUGA